GAGGCCGGGAUCCCACGCUCGCUCAGCGCGCUCCAAGAUUUGACUUUCUGGACAUUGCACACAAAUGGGAUCAAACAAUAGAUGGUCUUUCGCAUCUGGCUCCCUUUGCCUAGCCUAGAACAAUGGUUUUGAGUUCAUUCAGGAUGUAGCAUGCAUGGAUCAGUAGCUGGUUCCUUUUUCUUGCUAACUGCUAUCCAUUCCAUUCUCUGGCUGGUCCACAUUUUGUUCACCAGCUGGUGGAUAUUUCUGCAUUUACAUUUAAGUGGUAAAAUGCAUAGUCACCUGAGAUUUAGCUGUCUGACACUGGAUGUCACCAUUGUGCUGUAGAAUGUAGUUGCAGAACAGGGAAGCCAGCUUUAAUGUGAUACAAACACCCUUGAACUUGUCCUAAAGACAAAGGCUUAAGUUUCAGCUCUGUUAGUUUUGCGGUGACAUUGGAGCCAGAAUUCACAAUGACAACAGUAACAAGGACCACAGAAGUCCCCCCAAGGGGUAAAAGAGAAGAUAAUUCUGCCUUGUAUGAGUCCACAUCAGCUCACGUUAUUGAAGAAACUGAAUAUGUGAAAAAGAUCCGAGCUACUCUGGAAAAGAUCCGAAACCAAGUUUUUAAAGAUGAAGUAGGACAUAAGCAUACAAAUGACAAACUAGAAACAAAGCACUGUCGAAACAUUGGAAAUGGCUCUGAUUCUGAAAUGGACCCCUCUUGUGGCCAUUUAGAUCUGCUCAUGGAAAGGAUGAAAGGAAAGGAAGAGCAGCUCUUAGAAAUGAACAAAGAAAAUGAAAUAUUGAAAAUCAAGCUGGAAGCCUCCAGACAAGCAGGAGCAGCAGCUCUGAGAAACAUGGCCCACAGGUUAUUUGAAAUCUACCAGACACAGUCUGAAGAAGUUAGAAAGAACCAUGAGGCUGGUAAACACUUACUGGAGGUUAACAAACUUGAAAAGGAACAGCAAUUGAAACAACAUGUUGAAAAUCUGAAUCAAAUUGCUGAAAAGCUUGAAGAAAAACAUAAGCAAAUCACAGAGCUGGAGAACCUUGUAGAGAGGAUGGAAAAGGAAAAGAAAACACUGCUAGAAAAAAAACUGUCUUUGGAAAACAAGCUGCUGCAACUGAAAUCCAAUGCUACGUAUGCUAAAAGUUGCCACAAUCUUCAAAUGGAGAUUUCCCUUCUCCAGGAGCAGAUCUCGCAUCUGCAGUUCGUGAUUCAUUCCCAACAUCAGAACCUGCGCGGUGUCAUCCAGGAGAUGGAAGGAUUAAAAAAUAACUUAAAAGAACAAGAUAAGAGAAUUGAAAACCUGAAGGAAAAAGUUAACAUCCUUGAAGCCCAGAAUAAAGAACUAAAAACCAAAGUGGCCCUUUGGUCUGAAACGCCUAGGACAACUGUAUCUAAGUCUGUCUCUACAAGCGAAUUGGAGACUGUCGACAUGACGCCCUAUGUGAUGUUGAUUAAGCUCCGGAAAUGAGCUGACUGGCUGAAGAUCUGAAUGAGAAAGAUUGCUUACGUGAGUCUUAUUUAUUCCUUGAAACAGAGCGUAAACUUUCAUGUUGAAAUGGCUCACUUCCAGCAUUCAGUGGAAUUUACUAUACAUCAACAGCUUUGCAGGAAGAUGACAUUCCAGAAAAUCAAGCAAAUGUAUAUUCAAGGGAAGGAACUCUUUCUUCAAAACUUACUAAAUGGGUGAAGACACCAGGGGCUUUCGAUGGAAGAGGAAUUUUGCUUUAAACUUAAAAAAAGAUCUGAAUCUUUCUUGCAGAUUUUUGCUGAAGGGAGUGGUUUAAGGUUGUCAACGAUGACUUUCUGAUAGUGGUUUUUAUGUAUAAAAAUGGAAGAGUAUAUGUGUGUUUGAGUAAAUGAUACAUUUUAAAGUUAGCUUUGGAUAAUAAAAUUUCUCAACAUGAAUUUAUAAAUUCAUCUCCUGACCCAGUGUUCAUGGGAGAGUUACUCUCUACUGCAUUAUGGACAGGAGAAGGAGUAGGUUCUUUUUAGCGAAUUCCCCAACCCACAUAACCCUCCAAAGCUGAGAAUCAUGGCAUCCCACCACACCUUAGAAAGCCAUUGUUCUUCAAUUGGGAUUGAAAAUUGGUUGCUGGAGACAACCCACAAAUAAGUACAAAGAAAUGGAGCUUGAGACUCUGGCUUCGUGACUAAUUUUCUUUUCAAGAUUCAUUAUAUUAUCUACGCAAAUAUUUGGAGGGAAGAAUAGAAACACAAUGCUGUCAGCUCAUACCUCCAUAAAAAUGUGUAUGUUCUGGGUUUAGAGUAACAGUGGCUCCUGUCUGCAGCCAGGAAGAUGCUGAAUUCAUGAAUUGGAAUUAAAUGUCCAGUGCUUUUGUGAAAGUGUAUUUACAUUUUGAUACAGGCAUUCAUCACAGGUGAAGUUUGUAAUUGCUAUGAGGAAAACCAGACUCUGAUUUGCAGAAAUGCAAAAAUGCUGACACUCAGAAGAGAAAACCCUUGAACUAAAGGAAUAAUGGGCAGCCUUAGCCCCCACUGAAGGGUGAAUGACUUGUAAGCCUUUUGAUCAUCCUUUCAGACAUAUGUCUGUAAACAUUUUCUCAGGGAAGAUGCUGGAAGCCUUUCAAUGUAGAAUGUGAAAUAGCAGUAUUAUCUAUGAAAUAUUUAAAAAUACAUACAAGUGAGAUAAAGUAAUGUAUUUAUAAAUUCAUCAAAGUACUGUAAUCCUUGAAAUGUUGCAUUACUAUAUGUGUGCAAUUCAUGCUUCACGUUUUCAUUGCUUGCUGGUUUUUCAGGUGUAGUUAUUAAGUAACAUUUAUGGCACAGUUCUUAUACCAGGAACAAUUCUAAGUACUUAACCUGUCUUAAUUACUCCAAUCUUCCCAACAGGCCUCAUAUUAUUACCCCAUCUUCCAAGGGUGGAUCGUGUGAGGUCCAGGACUUUUCCCUGCUGCUAAUGAUGGAGCAAGGAUUUGGACCUCUGACCUGGCUAUCAGUAGUCCUUCUAGCUGCCCACAAUGUGGUCCAAGGUAUUGCCACACAAUGGAAAUACCUCUCUUUUUGCUACUUUUAACAAGCACAGCUUCCUUGUUCGCUGUAUGCAUUAUCCCAUGAAUGACAGUCAGAAACAACCUUGACUCAUAAAGUAAAUAUUUUGCUGCAUUUAAGUUGGCCUUUCACCUGUUGGAUUGCCCUCAUGAGAACUUAGUUCAGAAAAAUGUCCCUGCUAAAAAUCUUCUAAUUCUAUAUUUAUCAUCAUGACCUAUGCCACAUGGAAGAUUUUUUGGUAGUGUGUUUUCAGGCACAUUUGUAGGGGCAUUGGGGUCAUGAACUCUGUCAAGUAUUUGUGGUAUGGUAAGCAAAUUCACCUUUCACCUGAAGACCACUUUGGGUUCCUUUUAUACUCUAAUCACCAUGCUGGAUGGUAAUAAAUAUGAGAGUUUGGAAUGGAUCCAUAUGACUGACCUAACAACUAGAAUGAUUCUCAUUAGAAUAAUGUAUUCUAGAGUCAAAAAUGGGAAGACACUGUUGGAUUUAAUUUAGGUUUAACUCUGCUCACUUUUGAACAUGGGAGUACAGUUGGAUGUGAUAGGACUGGUCAUGGGUUCUCCAUGUUCACCCUGGAAUGGUCUUUGGAUUUCCUAAGAAUAAGAACAAACAGUUUCAGAAGCUUAAAAAAUGUCUGGACUCUUCAAAUACAAAAGUAUCUUUUUAGUAACAUCAGCAGUAUCAUUUAUUUGUCAUACGUGGAUUAUGUCCUAUAUCUUUAUUGUUUUAGUCGUUAUCAUUUGGAAUGUUUUUUGAAUACAUAUUUCUGAGCAAUAAAACAAAUGAUCACAGUGGGGAAUAAAAAACAUUAACCUAAAAGUAGUACCACACAAGAUAUACAGGAAAAGGAACACCAGUUCAGUUGUAGUCUAAAUAAUUGUACUAAUAAUUACACUAAUCUAUUUAUUAAAUAAGAAGGUCUGGGGUGGACCUGGAAGUGAAUACAGGAAGGUGGGAGAUAAAAAGAAACUUAGUUCCCUUUGAUUAUAUAUUGUUACAAAUUAUCAUUAAGAAAUGUUUAAGCAACAACAAAAAGAAAUGUCUAAACAAUUGGUAUAAUACAUAUAUCUUUUGAAUAAUUGCUUAUGGUAUGCCUUACAUAUGGUAAAGAAAUUGAUACCAUAUUUUUCUUAUUUCUUUUUACAUUAAAACUAUUAUGCAUAAGUGGAUUAAGUCAUUUUUAUUUGAUUGUUCAUGACAUUACAACCCCUCAUAAAUGAAUUGUUUUUGCCAAUGAAUAGAUGAAAUUUAGAUAGCUCCCUGAAUUUUUCUCUUGAUUUUCCCUGGAUCCAAAUUGAUGGAAAAAGUAAUCUAUUAAGUUUUUAUUCUGAAUCUGAAAAAAUAGCAGCAUUAUUAUAAAAUUACACACACUCGUCAAACAUUUUCUUAUUUCUUUAUUUUGAAAAUCUUCACCUCUCCUCUGAGCUGGGAAUAAUUAUAGAAUCCUCAUCAAUAUUGAAGUAGGGACCCAGUCCAUCAAGAACUGAAAAUUCCCAGGGCACCUGGGUGGCUCAGUGGGUUAAAGCCUCUUCCUUCGGCUCGGGUCAUGAUCUCAGGGUCCUGGGAUAGAGCCCCACAUCGGGCUCUCUGCUCAGCAGGGAGCCUGCUUCCUCCUCUCUCUCUCUCUGCCUCCCUCUCUGCCUACUUGUGAUCUCUAUCUGUCAAAUAAAUACAUAAAAUCUUUAAAAAAAAAAAAAAGGACUGAAAAUUCCUUCAACUAAUGUCAUCAUUAUCAUUCUCCUCACUUCCUCCCUUUUUUACUUCCUCACUUCAUUAAUUUUUUUAGUGGGAAAUACUAAAGAUGCAAUAAAUAUUUAAAUAAUCAUAUCUAAUUGCUUUGUUAUUAUUAAAAUA